CACCUGUUCAUGUUAAUUAGUUUGUCUUUAUUAGACAGCCGGCCCGCCUGGUUGUUGUGCGGGAUUAUUUCAUUGUAUUCUUCGGCUCUGGUGUAAAGUCUGUUCACAUGGAUGCCAUUGGAACUUACCUCCGGGUAACCUUUCACAGAAACCAUGUCAACCGCUACAACCUUUACAACCAGGUUGCAUUGGUUGCCAUAAAUGCUUUGGGAGAUUUUGUGGAUGGCAAUGCUAUUGACACUAUUCUAAGCAAAGAGAAGCUGAUUGAGCACUACCUUAACAGCAGUCAGCACGUGACAGCCUUGGUUGCAGAAUACAUGGGUAAGUGUGAGUCCAUCUCUCCUCUGGAUGACCUGGCUUUUGACAUGUACCAGGACCCCGAGGUAGCCCACAUCAUCCACCUACUGGAUGACAAGAAGCAGGGGAUGGUCCGUCAGGAGAGAUAAGAUUUCGCCAAAACAAUCAUACAGGCAAUCGCUGACCUGCAGAAGGUGCUUCUAGGGUCUUUCUGUGUGGAAAUGGAAUAAAAUACCCAGUACCCUAUUUCCCCAUGGAACUUGUGUAGAUCUGAAAAUAUGUAUUGCAUAGUUAGAUAUACAUUGUAGAAUAUUAGUGAAGAAAUCAAAACUAUGAAAUAAUAUGGAAUGAAGUAGUAACCAAAAAACUGUUAAACAAUCAACAUGUAUUCUAUAAUUAAGAUUUUUCAAAGUUGCCACCCUUUUCCUUGAUGACAGCUUUGCACACUCUUGGCAUUCUCUCAUCCAGCUUCAUUAGGUAGUCAUCUGGAAUACAUUUCAAUUAACAGGUGUGCAUUGUUAAAAGUUAAUUUGUGGAAUUUCUUUCUUAAUGCAUUUGAGUCAGUCAGUUGUGUUAUGACAAGGUAGGGGUGGUAUACAGAAUAUAGCCCUAUUUGGCAAAAGACCAAGUCCAUAUUAUGGCAUGAACAGCUCAAAUAAACAAAGAGUAACGACAGUCCAUCAUAGCUUUAAGACAUGAAGGUCAGUCAAUACGGAACAUUUCAAGAACUUUGAACGUUUCUUCAAGUGCAGUCACAAAAACCAUCAAGCUCUAUUAUGAAACUGGCUCUCAUGAGGACUGCCACAGGAAAGGAAGACCCAGAGUUUCCUCUGCUCCAGACGAUGAGUUCAUUAAGAGUGAACUGCACCUCAGAUUGCAGUCCAAAUAAAUGCUUCACAGAGUUCAAAUAACAGACACAUCUCAUCAUAAACUAUUCAGAGGAGACUGCGUGAAUCAUGCCUUCAUGGUCGAAUUCCUGCAAAGAAACCACUACUAAAGGACACCAAUAUGAAGAAGAGACUUGCAUGGGCCAAGAAACACGAGCAAUGGACAUUAGACCGGUGGAAAUCUGUCCUUUGCUCUGAUAAGUCCAAAUCGUCUGUCCUAGGUUGCAACACUCACUACCGAGUUCCAAACUGUCUCUGCAAGCAACAUCAGCGUAAUAACUGUUCGUCGGGGGCUUCAUGAAAUGGGUUUCCAUGGCCGAGCAACCACACACAAGCCUAAGAUCACCAUCCACAAUGCCAAGUGUCAUCUGGAGGGGUGUAAAGCUCGCCGCCAUUGGACCCUGGAAACACAUUCUCUAGAGUGAUGAAUCACACUUCAUCAUCUGGCAGUCCAACAGACGAAUCUGGGUUUGGUGGAUGCCAGGAGAAUGCUACCUGCCCGAAUGCAUAUUGCCAACUGUACAGUUUUGGUGGAGGAGGAAUAAUGAUCUGGGGCUGGUUCUCAUGGCCCCUUAGUUCCAGUGAAGGGAAAUCUUAACGUACCAGCGUUCAAUGACAUUAUAGAUGAUUCUGUGCUUCCAACUGGCAACAGUUUGGGGAAGACCCGUUGUUGUUUCAGCAUGACAAUGCCCCCGUGCACAAGCAAGGUCCACAAAGAAAUGGUUUGUCGAGAUCGGUAUGGAAGAAUUUGGCUGGCCUGCGCAGAGCGCAUCCCUUCGGGAUGAAUUGGAACGCCGACUGUGAGCCAGGCUUAAUAGCCCGACCUCACUAAUGCUCUUGUGGCUGACUGGAAGCAAGUCCCCACUGCAAUGUUCCAGCAUCUAGUGGACAGCCUUCCCAGAAGAGUGGAGGCUGUUAUAGCAGCAUAGGGGGGACCAACUCCAUAUUAAUGCCCAUGAUUCUGGAAUGAGAUAUUUGAUGAGCAGGUGUCCACAUACUUUUGAUCCUGUAGUGUAGAGACACUAUCAUUGCAUUCCAAAUGUACACAUACAGUAUACUCAAUAUCAAGUCUUUCAAUUCAUCUUUUGAUUGUUUCACUUCCUUAUUCAUUUGCAAUUUUGCAGUCUGAUUUUG